UAGUAGUCCCUGGGUUUCAUUAAUGGUGAAAAAAAUCCCUGAGUUUGUCUCCGUCGGUCAUAGUAGUCCCUAACCACGUUGGGCCGUUAGUCCCUGGGAUGGAACCAACGUUAAGUGACACAUAGACUCAGCCACGUAGGACAAAGUUAUAAGGAGAUUAAAUCGAUCAUUUUAGUCCCUUCGAAUUGGGUUUAAAAUUCCCAAAUCAGUGAACCCUAGAACCAUAUCCAAAUCCCCAAUUCCUCUGAAUCUCCAAAAUUCCUUCUCGAUUUCUCUCCAAACUGCAAUUCCUGUGCUCUUUAUUGUUGAAUCGAACAUGACAACGGGUGAGGGUUUCAAAGGCCGCGUUCAACAGAGGUCAAGCACGAAGGGAAAUGGUGGCGGUAGCUCAUCUGUUAACGGCGGAAACCCUCGAUGCAAAUGCGGUGAAGAGGCAAAGGUGAGGGUGUCGAGGACAGACGCGAACCCAGGGAAAGCUUUUUAUUGUUGCUAUCUACCCAAGGGUCAUGAGUCAAACUGCAAUUUUUUUCGAUGGGUAGAUGAUGUAGCGGACACAGAUGAAUCCAGUGGUCUGGGUAUGAAGGCUGAAGACUCUAUGCUAUUGAAGGAGCUUGUGGUCAAGAAUGAUGCUAUGCUUGAGGAACUCUCAAUGAUGAAGGAAGUUAUGCUGAAAAAUGAAUGUCUGAUUGAGGAGUUGAGAACGAUAAAGGGGGUUCUGGAGAAGAAUGUUGCCUUGGUUGAGGAGCAGAACAAGUUUAAGAAUGUAGAACUUAGGAUGCUUAGAGGUCUUGUUUGUGUAUUGGUUAUGUUUAUGGUGAUUGGCAUGUCUUUUGUUGUUAUAAGGGGGAUAUAAGGGACAUGGUUAUGUUUGUAUUGGUUGAAAUAUGUUUGUAAG